UUUUUUUUUUUGACAGGGACGUACUUUAGAGUUUAGACUCUAGUUUUCUCUCCUCUUGCAUCUUCUCAACACGUCACCUAAGAACAAAUCUCCAUCCAUAUAAAAAAAACCCAAGCUCAAAUCUCUCUCUCUCUUCCCUCCACAAUUUCGAUUAUUUCAACAUGAAACAAUGGUGAAUAUUCUGUAAAAUUAUAAGGUGAAAUAUAAUUGGAGAUAUUGAAAAAUGGGUGAAAAGGGAAAUUGGAAGAUGAUAAAAUGGUUACUAGGAAUGGGAUACUGGGUGCAAGGUUUAAGGUGUUUUCCAUGGUUGGCGGUUAUAUUCUACCUUAAAGAUAGCCUUAAAGUUGACCCUUCUACCCUUCAAAUCCUUCAAAAUUCCGCUGCUCUUCCCAUGGUUGCCAAACCCCUCUACGGCGUCGUUUCUGAUUCUUUCUAUUUCCGUGCCCAACAUCGCCUUCCUUACAUUGCCCUUGGAGCUAUUCUGCAACUUCUGUCAUGGGUAGCAGUAGCGAUCCUUGCUUCAUCAAGCAUCUCAGUCUCCAUCUUAAGUUUCUUUCUUCUUCUGAGCAACCUGGGUGCCUCUAUAGCUGAGGUUGCUAAUGAUGCUAUUGUAGCUGAGAUUAGCAAGCAGCCAACUUUUUCGAAGAAAGGACAAUCAUCUUCUGCGGGGGGGCUCCAAUCAUUUGUUUGGAUGGCUUCGUCACUUGGGGGUGUUAUUGGAAACUUAGCUGGAGGAGUUGCCAUUGAAAAGUUCAGCACACGUACUAUAUUCUUAACAUUCAGUUCUGUCCUCACUGUUCAGCUCUUGAUAACUAUCUUGGUUGACGAGAGAUCUCUAAAUCUUCCCAAAAACCAAUCUAGUGGUGGGAUGAAAAAACAAUUCGCACAGCUUGCAAAUGCACUGUGCAAGCCUGACAUUGCUUACUCGAUUGGUUGGCUUGUGGCCUCUUAUGCCAUGGUUCCUGUCCUAACUGGAACUUUGUUCUUCUAUCAAACUGAGGCUUUGGAAAUUGAUUCAUCGGUAUUGGGGAUUUCCAAGGUGUUUGGCCAAGUGGGAAUGCUUUUCUGGAGUUACGUUUACAACAAAAGAUUGAAAACAGCAUCUCCAAGGAAAGUGAUUUCUGCACUACAGGCCACAAUGGCUGUUUUCAUGGUUUCUGAUGUCUUGUUUGUGAACAAGCUGUACCAACAAAUGGGGGUCCCAGAUUCCGUUUAUGUUGUAGUAUUUUCUGGUCUGCUGGAAGUUCUUAUUUUCUUCAAGAUUUUACCCUUCAGUGUUUUGAUUGCACAGCUUUGUCCGCCUGGAUGUGAAGGUUCUUUGAUGGCAUUUGUGAUGUCUGCUAUUGCCCUUGCAAUGAUUGUUGGUGGGUAUUUUGGCGUUGCACUUGCAUCUUUUGUUGGUGUUACUGGAAACGAUUUUUCUGGGCUGCCUCGUGGCCUUUUGAUACAAGCGGCCUGCACAAUCAUACCCCUCUUUUGGUCCUCCUGGAUACCUGAUCUUAUAAAGCCUGAUGUUGCAAAAAAGGAAUAAUUUAUUUUGCUGGUGAGUUGGUAAUUAGGUUGUUCAAGCAUCUCAGAAAAGGUAGUUACAUUCUCUCAAAUUAUUUUUUCUUGUUUCUGUGUGCCUCUGUGUGUGCUUGGGGGAACUUCAUAAAUUGAUUUAUUUUCUAUCAAUGAGUAAAUGUCUAUAGUCAAGCUGGAUUUAUCUUUGCUAUCUGAACCUGGGUAAUGUUCCAAUUUCCAUCAGUUAUUCCACUGUGUUGUCGUGAUACUUAUAUGUAAUUGCUUUAAUGCUAUAUGACAAGUGGGUUUUAAUUCGAGUUAA